CGGCGCCGUGCGGGGGCUGGCUCCCUCCCCAGCGGGCUCCCCUCUCUGACCCGGCCUGCUUGCCCGCCUCCCCCCCGCAGAGACUGCCUCGCCCUCUGCUUCCUCAACAGCGGCACCAGCUUCGUGGCCGGCUUUGCCAUCUUCUCCAUCCUGGGCUUUAUGUCUCAGGAGCAGGGGGUCCCCAUCUCUGAGGUGGCCGAGUCAGGUCCUGGCCUGGCCUUCAUCGCCUAUCCCCGGGCUGUGGUGAUGCUGCCCUUCUCGCCGCUCUGGGCCUGCUGCUUCUUCUUCAUGGUCGUUCUCCUGGGACUGGAUAGCCAGUUUGUGUGCGUAGAAAGCCUGGUGACGGCGCUGGUGGACAUGUACCCCCGUGUGUUCCGCAAGAAGAACCGGAGGGAGGUCCUCAUCCUCGGGGUGUCGGUCGUCUCCUUCCUGGUCGGACUGGUCAUGCUCACGGAGGGCGGCAUGUACGUGUUCCAGCUCUUCGACUACUACGCGGCCAGCGGCAUGUGCCUGCUCUUCGUGGCCAUCUUUGAGUCCCUCUGCGUGGCGUGGGUUUACGGAGCCAGACGCUUCUAUGACAACAUCGAGGACAUGAUCGGGUACAGGCCGUGGCCUCUCAUCAAGUACUGUUGGCUCUUCCUCACGCCAGCCGUGUGCACAGCCACCUUCCUCUUCUCCCUGGUCAAGUACACGCCGCUGACCUACAACAAGAAGUACACGUACCCGUGGUGGGGCGACGCGCUGGGCUGGCUGCUGGCCCUGUCCUCCAUGGUCUGCGUUCCAGCCUGGAGCAUUUACAGACUCAGCACCCUCAAAGGCGCCCUCCGGGAGAGGAUCCGCCACCUUGUGUGCCCCGCUGAGGACCUGCCCCAGAGGAACCGAGGAGGACACCCCGCUCCUGCCACACCCAAGACGUCACUUCUGGGACUCACAGAGCUGGACCCCACGGCGUGCAGGCCAUAA